CAUAUUUAAAUGAUGUGUAUAAUACGAAAGAAGCUUACGGGAUGUCUCCGAAUUAAAAGUGUGGAUUGUUACAAAAUAUAAUUUAUAUGUAUGUCUUCCUUGCAGCGGGGCACUGCAUGAAAGUACACUCGAGUGACAACACUACACUACACUCCAAUAUGUUAGAAGUGAUAAUGGGGCGAUUUAACUUGUACGAAUUGCGCGGAAAUGGAUCUGCCAAUCGGAAAGUCGCAAGCUACAUGAUUCAUCCCGAUUAUGCUCACUAUCUCAAAGCUACUUCCGAUCUCGCGGUUUUGACCCUCAAGAAAGUCGUCGAGUUCAAUCCUCUUAUCAAGCCUAUUUGUCUAUGGUCCGGUUUAACUCAACUUGAAGACGUCAUUAGUAGGACAGGAUACGUUGUAGGAUGGGGUGAAGAUGCGUUGAAUCGUCGUGAUGUCAACGAUCAACGGAUGGUGAGGGCGACGAUAGUGAGUCACGGUACCUGUCUCUGGUCUGAUGCUAGAUACUUUAGUUUCGUGUCGGAUAACACCUUUUGCGCUGGCAACUUAGACGGAUUUAGUCCUUGUAACGGUGACAGUGGAAACGGGCUGAUACUUUUGAAUAAUAUCACGGGCAGUUAUGAGUUGCGUGGUAUUGUUUCACGAACUGUACUAGGUGAAACUAUGCAAUGCGAUCCACAAAAAUACGUUGUUUAUGUUGAUGUGGCCAAAUAUAUACCCUGGAUUCAACGACAUAUUUCGACGUAACGUUCGUCUUGCGUUGCAAAAUGCUAUACAUGUUAAUCGAUAUGCUUCUUUAUGUAAAGUUUAUUCGAAGACGCCGUACAUAUGUACAGUUACGCGUGAGGAUUAAACAAUCAUGAAUUCUGUUUUUGGUUA